AUGUCUUUAAUACCUCUAUUUAACGGUCGCAAAAACCAUCCACGUCGUGUACAAAAUUCUCCGCCAGCAACAAUAAUUACGCCUCAAUCUCAAAAGAAUCAUGAUCGUUCUGAUUCUUACGAUCCAACAACAAUAAUAAUGCAUCGUCAAUUUAAAACAAAUCGAAGUGAUGAGCAAGAUCUUUAUAAUUAUCCACCACCAACAACAAAUCAGGAUCUACACAAUCUUUUUAAUCAACUAGCAACAACAAAAAUCACACGUCAAUCCCAAACAAGUCGAGGUCAGAAAGAUCCUUACGAUCCCUCUCAUAAAUUUUAUCUCGAAACCCCUCGAUCUCUCAUAGCACCAUCACUAUCAUUCCCACAUGUUACUCCAUAUUUAGCUCAAUUUGAGUAUAAUGUAACCCCAGAAGCAUAUGUUUUUAGAGCUAAUUUGCAUGGAUAUAAGAAAGAAGAAGUGAAGGUACAAGUGGAAGAUGAUAGAGUCUUAAAGAUUAGUGGGGAGAAAAAAAUAGUAGAAAAAAAAUAUGACAAUUGGCACCAUUUUCAGAAAAAGAAUGGCAAGUUUUCAACUGUUUUUAAUUUGCCUGAGGAUGCUAGGGUUGAUAAAGUGAUAUCAACAAUGGAUAAUGAAGUGCUUAUUGUCACUAUUCCUAAGAAGGGAGCAGUCAAGAAAUCACACGUUAGGACCGUUCGAAUAUUCUGAUAUCGAUAUAUUUA